UGGUCAUCCAAAUUUGCCUAGUUGUGCUCGCACUUUGUUGCAUACAUCAAGAUGUAUUCCUAUUCAGAAAAAAUCUGGCAUGGAUUACAUGUACUUUUCUUUUGGUGAACAAUUGUUACAACACUUUCAAAAGCAUCCUUGUGAAACAGUUAAGAACAUUAAUCAUCUUGAAAUCUCUUUAAAUGUUGAUGGGCUUCUUUUGUUUAAAAGUCCUGCAAAAAAUGUAUGGCCAGGGUUGUGUGCCAUUUUGAAUAUCAAACCUGUUGUAGUGUUUCCUAUUGUCCUAACAUGUGGUGACUUCAAGCCAAAAGACUUGGAGUUUUUGGAUUAGUUUAUAGAAGAUUUGAACGAUAUUCUACAGAGGGGAGUCCAAGAUGGGGAAAAGGUUCUGACUGUUACAGUAAGGGGCAUUGUUUGUGAUGCUCCUGCAAGAGCACUUGUUAAAGGCAAAAUUUCUUUCAGCCGUCAAUGAAAUCUUAUCAACAAAUUCUAGAAAUUUGCCGGUUUACAGCGAGCUGAUCUCCCUUGCAGAAAAAGCUUUAUAUGACGGUGAACUAGCACCAGAAAUCCUAAACACAAAGGAUCAUGCAAUAACUUUCCCAUCUACUAGUAGGACACCAUCUCAGCGUAGUGAUACAAGCAACGUCUCUUCACAAGGAAUUCCUACAACUGGCACAACAAGAGAAAGACAUUCUCAACGAAACAGUGGUGUCUUAGAUGCGCAUGACCUUUCAUCGCACGAAACGCCUUCGACAAGUUUUAUGAACAUAACACCUGCAGGAAGACGUUCUCAAUCAACCAUUAAUGGCUUCCAAAGAUCAGUUCUCGCCAAACUGGAAUUAUUAAUUGAUAAGCAAGAAGAAGCGUUGUCAGUAUUGCGUGCUCUGUUAAGCAAUAAGAAAGGUGUAGACGAGCACGAAAUUUUGGAAGAUGUUGUACGUACUCCUUUCGAUUGGGUUGAAGAACUUUAAGGCCUAUCUUCUAGUCUUGAUGAAGAAAAGUCGAGUAGAAAGUUGCUGCUUUUUUUGGUAGCACUGUGCGCAAACACCUGUACAAACAGUGUUAGAAGAAUUAUGACAAAGCUGGAAACAAAUAAUCUAUGGUCCCAAUACAGUUUAAAAGGCAGAAAGUCAAAGCGACUAUUUCAGCACCUUGCCUUCUGCAAAGUUAUAACAAAAGCCUCGUCAAAGCUCAUAAAGGAUGCAGCGAGGACAAGGUUGAAGAGCAAAUUGCCGAAUUUUUAAAAUAUGCUCUAGGCAAGCAAGGUGGUUCCAGAUUUAAGGUAACAUGUCAUUAUCAUCAUAGAUUGCUGGGUCCGAAAAGGCAACUUAUUGGAAUCGGCUUAGUUAGCAUUUUUGUAAAUAUUUAUAUUAAAACACGCACAGAUGUUUUAAAAGUUGAUUAUAUGGAAAUUAAACUUUAGUUCGUAUCAUUGGAAA